AUGCUGGCUCCGUCCACAACACGCCUCCCGCACACGUUAGUCUCGAAGAUGGAGCGUUCGGAUCAAGUACGAGUCCCACACCCAGAAUUCAACAAGUGGUUUCCACGUUGCGUCCCGCGAGAACUGAGGGUGAAUCCAUCAAUCCGAAUCUUUUGUUUCCAUGGAGCUGGAAUGGACUUGACCGUGUGGACCGGCGUUGGUACUCCGAAGGCGCCUACCGUAAAUCCUCUUGUUAGCUUCUGCGAGAAAGAAGGUGCACAGCUGCUUGCCGUGCAGCUGCCCGGCCGUAGUCUCAGAAGUAAAGAACCGGUCCCCGCCACGAUCCAGAAAUGCGUCAGUCAGCUUCUCGAUGUUAUCGCUCCUCUAGAGGAGCUUCGGGGAUGGAGCUGCAACGAAAUUCUUUUCCAGUCCGAUCUCUGGGCAGCUUACGGCAAGCUCUUGCGAGCCGACCACUUGCUGUUGGACGACUACAUUCCUACCAAGAGAGAAGAACCUCUCGGUGUGCCAUGCUCGAUUUUCCGAGCGCGAGGAGAUCUGAAACUGCAGAGCCCCUCGCAUUUUGUUAAUUGGUUUUCCUUGGUCGAGGGAAGUUCCACAACACGAGAAGAACAGAACGUCAACCCAGCGCAGCUUCGCUCGGAUGACCACUCUGGCAUCUUGCGUGACCAGCAAGGCGAUUCACGCAUUGUGGACUGUACGUUGCGUGAAACCGAUGUCAGAAAAAACGAGACAGAGUCUACCGGAAAAGCAGGACCUGACGCAGAUACCGCCCUUAGUUCUGGUCUGCAACGGGGAUAUGCCGCCCGCAUUGGCGUGCUCGAAGGCACCCAUGGCCUCAUGUACGAUCCAGAGUGUCGCGCUAAGUUCUUCGAACGCAUUUUGGAACUCGUUGAACAAAGUCUUCUUGACCUGAUGUACGAUGGUAUGUAA